GGUUAAACGCGGGUGUACCUGUACUGUGGCACAAAACCAUCACUGUUCGAGAAAAAGGAGGAUCGAACUCGAACCCGAUUGUGGUCGGUGCAGAACAGAGAGGAGAGGACAAUACACACAAUCACAGGGUUGAGUUGAGUUGAGCCGUGAGAAAAGAAAAAAUAAAUGGCCAUUGCUAUGAAGGCCACGCCUAUCACGGCUUCGGGCUUCGUUUCAACAAGAAAUUCCACACUUCCACCCUUUAAAUCAUCAUUUCUCAGAUACCGCUCAGGAGCAUUGGAAGUUCCUGGCAUGCGGGUAACCUACUCAGAUAGAUUGAAAUGUAAUUGUCAUGGUGGCGGUGCCCUUGGCACUCAAAUGAAUCUUUUUAGCAGAUUUGCUAGAGUUAUCAAGUCAUAUGCUAAUGCCAUUAUAAGCUCCUUUGAAGACCCUGAGAAGAUAUUAGAACAAGCUGUGCUGGAUAUGAACAAUGAUUUGAUCAAGGUUCGCCAAGCUACAGCACAGGUUCUAGCAUCUCAAAAGCAGUUAGAAAGCAAGUACAAAUCCAUAGAAAAAGCUUCUGAUGAUUGGUAUCGAAGGGCGCAACUUGCUCUUCAGAAGGGAGACGAGGAACUUGCCCGUGAGGCACUUAAGAGAAGAAAGUCUUAUGCGGAUAAUGCAACUGCUUUGAAGAUGCAGCUUGAUCAGCAAAAGAAUGUUGCUGAUGAUCUUGUGUCCAAAACACAGCUUUUGGAGAGCAAGAUACAGGAGGCAAAGUCAAAGAAAGAUACCCUCAAAGCAAGAGCUCAGUCUGCAAAGACUUCAACCAUAGUUAGUGAGAUGGUGGGCAAUAUCAACACAAGCAGUGCCCUUGCAGCUUUUGAUAAGAUGGAGGAAAAGGUAUUAACCAUGGAGGCUCAGGCAGAUGCUUUGAAUCAGUUGAGUACUGACAAUCUUGAGGGAAAGUUUGCACUACUGGAGAACUCUUCUGUCGAUGAUGAUCUUGCAGAGUUAAAGAAAGAAUUAUCUGGAAGCUCUAAGCAGCGGGGAGAACUUCCACCUGGAAGAAGUGUUCCAACCAGUAAAGAAAUUCCCUUCCUUGACUUGGAGCUUGAGAAGGAGCUUAAUGAGCUCAGAAGAAGAGCAAAGGGGUACUAGCUUAAGUGCAUGUUUAGGGUAACUUUUUUUGGAGAUACUAUUGCUGUAUUUUACCAGCUUUCUUAGACAAUUAAAAAAAACAAGAAAUAAUAGUUACCAGACGCGGGCUUAGUCUCUAUUGAUCACCCGCCAUAUAGAUAAAGUUUUGCUUUGGCCACUACUAAACAUAAUAGUUACCAGCCAUAUAACAAGAAAUAAUAGUUCCUGUGCCUCGUAAAAAUCAAGCGGCACCCCUUUUACAAUCCCAAAAAUCUAUUUCCGGGCUUUCCAGUGAUUUUCUUCUUCAAACUAUGUAUCACCAAAGCUCUUGCAAAAUAUUACUAGGGAAAAAAUGUUGUGCGGCUGUAAUGAUUGUCUUCACUGGUUUUUGAAUCAAAAUGGCGUUAGAUGUUCAA